AAAAUUUUCCCUCACAAUAAAAAAAACAUUAUUAAUCGUCUAGAGAGAAAGCCCUAGAAUUUCACAACAAGCUCCAUAGAGAGAAGCGAUCGAUCAUGUUAAGGCAAACAACUAAAAGAGCCUUUUUAGGGCUCGCUUCUCAAAAUCCCACACCGUUCCCUGUCGUGUCUCGAUUAUACCAUCCAAAUGUCAUCGACCAUUAUGACAAUCCCCGUAACGUUGGAUCAUUUGAUAAGAAUGAUCCUAACGUUGGUACGGGAUUGGUCGGAGCUCCUCAAUGUGGAGAUGUUAUGAAGCUUCAGGUUAAGUUUGAUGGUUCUGGUCAAAUCAUUGAUGCUAAAUUCAAGACCUUUGGUUGUGGUUCUGCCAUAGCAGCUUCUUCCGUCGCUACUGAAUGGGUCAAGGGAAAAUCCGUGGAGGAAGUCUUGACCAUAAAGAACUCGCAAAUUGCGAAGCAUCUAUCGUUGCCACCAGUAAAGCUACAUUGCAGUAUGCUUGCAGAAGACGCUAUCAAGGCAGCAAUUAAAAACUACAAGGAGAAGCAAGACAAGGCUAAUGGCGAAACCGUUGAAACCAUCGAUUCCACUUAUUUACACGGUAUUGGAUCGUGAUGAAAAAUUAAGGAAUGGAAGUAGAAGAAGAGUUUUCAAGGAAUGGUUUAUGUUUGUUUGUGUUUGAGUUUUACUCAAGUCUUGUUUGUGUUUGAUGUUUUAUGACCCAAACAGAUAAUUCUUCUUCUUCUUCCCCUAUGGUUUUAUGGAAUAUAGAUUCCUG